ACAAUGAAUUCCUAUAAAACUCUUAUAUUUUUGUUUGCCUGUAUUACUAUUGUUAUCUGUAAUGAGGAUAUCAAAAGUCAGAUCCAGUGCAUGAAAAGUGCGGAUCAGGCGCUCAUUGGAAAGUCAGACAAUCAACUGUUUGAUUUGAGUCAAGAAAAUCUGGAAAUCGGUCAGCAAUUGGUUGAGAAAAGAGCCGAAAUUGCCAACAAUGCCGGACUCACGUGUUAUAAACAGUUUUACGAUAAUUAUGUCAAAGGAUUGGUCCAAAUCUUUAAGGGCGACAAUGAAGUCCAACUACUGAACACCGCUUCCACACAACAGAUCAGAUCGGAUGCCACCAAAACUAUUGCCGGUAUAACACAAGCCAUGAGAUGUGAUGAGGACUGGAGAGCCAGCGGACACUUCAACCAAACGGUCAAAUCGGCCGACUGUUCGUCGAUAGAAAAGAUGACUUUUUUGGCUUCAGAUUUGUUUAGCUUUCGACCCAAACUUGAGUUACUUUUAUCGGGUAUCAGCACCGGUAGCUUUGCUGCAAAACUGAAAAAUAAUGUCGUUUCACAACUAUUUGGAAAAAUUUCUAAACUAUACCGUACUCUAUAUAACGACGCCGAUCGGUGCGCCCGAAGUCAACCAACACUGGCCGACAAAUGUCGUCAAUUGAAAAUGUUUUCCAUGGAAUUGGACCGACUCUACCAAUUGGGUGGAUUAAAGGUGGCGUCUAGUCUACCGUUUCUCAAUUAA